UUCAGUCCACAGUGGUGUUCUGACUCGUCUGGACGUGUUUUUGUCGGGCGCGGCGCGACGUGAAACGACGAAUCCACACAGUAUCGCGUAACGGGAAGUGCGUUUCGCCAAGUCCGUUCCCCCGGUCCGACGGUUCCGUUUCGUCGGACCUCGUCGCAGGUGAAAAACCUCGCGAUACAACUCCGUACUCCAGCUCUGAAACACGUCGCCUCGUCUCUCCACGUAGACCUUGGAACAGCACGCGUGUACACACUACGCCAGAAGGCUAACGCAGGAUGGCGGAAGCCCAUUCGGCCGUAGCAUUCAGCUUCUCAAUAACACAUGAAGGAUGGGAUGUAAACUUCGAUCGAGAGGUACUUCACUUGGUCUGGCUCUCUGGCGUACGGUCGUGGAAGAAGAGAUUCUUUCGGUUUCAGAACAAUCUGAAAAGCGGCGUUUAUCCGGCUUCCUUGGAAAGUCUAUGGGUUACUGUGAUUUUAGUAACGGCGAUACACUUUGCUGGCUACAAGGUCCCGUAUGUCCUCGUUGGAAAAGUUUCACCGUAUCUUUCUGGGUCCUCGGUACUCGCACACCUGGCAGGCUCCUUCGUAGUCGGGCUGUUCCUAUGGCUGGCGUUCAUAUACACUAUUCGGUACACGUUGAAGCUGAUGCUUAUGUACAAAGGAUGGAUGUACGAGGCGAGGGGCAAAGGUCGCAAGCCGUCAAAGUUAACCCAAGUCUGGCUGUUGCUAGUGAAACUGUUGUCAGGUUGGCAUAAGCCCAUGCUGUAUAGCUUCCAAGGAUCACUGCCACGACUGCCACUACCGACAGUGCCGGAUACUAUGAAGCGGUAUCUGAGAAGCGUACGGCCGUUGGUCGAUGAUGAGAAUUACGCUCGCAUGGAAAAGCUGGCCAACGAGUUCCAGAAUGGCAUCGGAAUCAAGCUGCAGCGUUACCUGGUCCUCAAGUCUUGGUGGACCACCAACUAUGUGUCCGAUUGGUGGGAGGAAUAUGUUUAUUUGCGCGGAAGAUCGCCCCUAAUGGUCAACUCGAAUUUCUACGGAAUCGACGCCAUUCUCUCGCAUCCCACGAACGUGCAAGCCGCGCGAGCCGCAGCCGUAAUAUAUUCCUGCUUACAAUAUAGACGUCUUAUCGAACGCCAAGAAUUAGAACCGAUUCUAGUACAAGGAUUAGUACCAUUGUGUUCUUGGCAGUAUGAAAGAGUAUUUAACACUACACGAAUUCCAGGAAUUGAAGUUGACAAAAUUGUGCAUUAUCAGGAUUCUAAACACGUUGUAGUGUAUCAUAAGGGCAGAUAUUUCAAAGUUUUAAUUUAUUACCGAAAUAGAAUUCUUCAAGCCUGCGAAAUAGAACUUCAGAUUCAACAAAUUUUGGACGACGAUUCCACGCCAUCAGAAGGAGAGGAGAAAUUGGCUGCUUUAACAGCCGGCGAAAGAACUGCCUGGGCACAGGCUAGGAAGGAUUUCUUUUCGAAAGGUGUAAAUAAGGCUUCUUUGGAUAUUAUUGAAAAGGCGGCAUUUGUGGUCGCAUUGGACGAUGUACCUUAUGAAUACGAUCCAGGACAUCCAGAAAAAUUAGAUCAUUAUGGUAGAAUCCUAUUACAUGGAAAAGGGUAUGAUCGAUGGUUCGAUAAAUCCUUUACGCUAUGUAUUGGAAGCAAUGGAAGAAUUGGCUUCAAUGCAGAGCAUUCUUGGGCAGAUGCUGCAGUCAUGUCACACUUGUGGGAGUACGUAGUAUGUUCGGAGUUCCUGGACCGACAAUAUAAGGAAGGACAUAAUGCGGGUACUCCAGAAUUUACACCUCCAGCUCCAACUCGAUUGCAAUGGGAUUUAAAUACCAAAUGUAUUGAAGCUAUUGAACAAUCCUACCGGGUAGCGCACAGUAUAUUGAAUGAUGUGGAAUUACGUAUUUAUGUACACAACACUUAUGGCAAAGGUUUGAUGAAAACCCAUUCCAUAUCACCGGACGCCUAUAUACAAAUGGCGUUACAAUUGGCGUACUACCGCGACGCUGGCAAGUUUAAUUUAACAUAUGAAGCUUCCAUGACGAGGUUGUUCCGAGAAGGUAGAACAGAAACGGUCAGACCGUGCACUAUUGAAUCUUCCAAAUGGGUGAAAGCAAUGGAGGACGAAACAUUAACGAUAACAGAAAAAGUCAAGCUGCUAAUGGAUGCAGUAGCAAGACAUCAAAGAGGUUACCAAGAUGCUAUGUGUGGAAAAGGAAUAGAUAGGCAUCUAUUUUGUUUAUAUGUAGUAUCGAAGUACUUAGAAGUAGAUUCACCAUUUUUGAAGGAAGUUCUAAGCGAACCAUGGAGAUUGUCAACAUCACAAACUCCACACGGUCAAACUUCGAGAUUGGAUUUGAAGAAAUAUCCUAACUGUAUUUCAGCUGGUGGUGGAUUUGGUCCUGUGGCCGAUGAUGGUUAUGGUGUUUCUUAUAUAAUUGCGGGAGAAGAUCUUCUAUUCUUCCACGUUUCUAGUAAACGAUCUUCGUCAAAAACGGAUGCCGCCAGAUUUGCAAAACAAAUCGAGAAAGCACUUGGCGACAUGAAAGACUUGCUAGAACAAAAAAAGAAAAUACAUCAGAACGGAUCUGCGUAACUUAUUUAUUACCUGUAGGGGGUCAUGCAAAAAUAAUGAUAAACUAUGCAAUGAAGCGGGAUCUAUGGCUCCAGAUAACUUUUCUUGGCUUAUGGAAGGAUUUAAUCAUGUAAACAUAAUUUAAUGCUUAAAAUAUAAUUUUCUUAAGGUAGUUUUUUUUCAUAGGCAAUUAUUUUAGUAGAUAAAGGUUACAGGAAAAAAAUAACGGGCCCAAAAUUCAGGAUAUGUUAUCACUGCACAUAUAUAGACUAGAUUUUUAUAGGAUCAUUUGUCAUAUAUCAUAUUUGUCAUGUCAUUAUCAUAAAUAUCAUUGUUAUUAUUAUAAACUGACAAUUUGCGUGAUUUACUAACAAUAUUGCACAGCAGAAGUAUGCACAAAAAUGCAAGUACCAAAA